UGUAGGUGACAUGUUUACAUUUACGGAGGGAGCAGAAAGACAGACUUAAAACAAAACAACCCGUCUUGUGAUUGAAUAAAACAUGCUUAAUAAACAAAUCAUCUGUUCUACACGCAGUUACACAGCGCCUGUAAAUGCUGAGCGACAGACCAGCCUUCCAAUAACUUAAUGAUAGUCUCCCACAAGAAGAGGUGUUUGAGAUGUUUCCUUCUCGAAUAAUUGGUCUGCACUGUGUUAAUGGGAAUGAAGAAAUAAAUAUCGUGCCAAGAGCAAACAAGGCCACUGCUGUGUAGGAAGCACACAGACGAACCUCAAUGUAUCCCAUGUUAACAUUCUUGAGCAUGUUUUACUAUAUUUGCCUACGUCGUAGAGCGAGAUCAGGUACAAGAGGAGAAAUAAUGAACAGUCGGCGAGCUAUUGAGUCGAGCAACCGCAUCCUACCUCUCAGUGUCGAAGUGGUGCAGUAUGCCAAAGAAGUGGUGGAUUUUAGUUCUCAGUAUGGCAGUGAGAACAGCUUGUCCUACACUAUGUGGAAUUUGUCUGGAUUGCCAAAUGUUUACCCAAGUUCCGGAGAUUUCACACAGACUGCUGUGUUCCGGACCUACGGGAGGUGGUGGGAAAGCUGCCCGAGUUCACCUCCACCAUUCAGAAGGACUCCUCGAAGUUUUCAUAGCCAGGAAUAUGUUGAACUAGUGUUUGAGGAGGCUGUAUAUCCAACAGCUAUUGAUGUACUGGAAACCUAUCAUCCUGGAGCCAUUGUUAGGAUCUUGGCUUGCUCAGCAAAUCCUUAUUCCCAGACUCCUCCAUCAGAAAUUAGAUGGGAGACGUUAUGGGCAGGUGAACCUGAGAAAGUGAAUGUCUCACAGGCUCGCCAAUUUACACCGUGCAUUAAACAACUUGACUUCAUGACAAACUUGAUUCGCUUGGAACUGAACAGCUCUCACCUAGAUUACUACACAGAGUUGGAUGCUGUCCUGUUACAUGGUGUUAAGGACAGGCUUCUUCCUGUGCACAAACCAUCAAUGCUAGAUCUGGAAGAUGAUGACAAGGAUGACCACAGUUUAGAGUUCUUCAAUGGGCAAAUCACUGGAAUACCCCUGCCUGAAUACAUCAAGAAUGGUUAUUUUGAAAAACUGCCUUAUGAGUUAAUCCAGCUGAUCCUCAGUCACCUGACAGUGCCAGACCUUUGCCAGUUGGCACAGACCUGCAAAUUAUUGUACCAACAUUGCUAUGAUCCUCUUCAGUAUGUCCAGCUCAGUUUACAGCCUUACUGGGCGGGACUGAAUGAUGCCUCUCUGGAGCACCUGCAGUCACGCUGUGCUCUUGUGCAGUCUUUAAAUCUGUCUUGGACUGGGAAUAGGGGAUCCAUCUCCAUGGAAGGAUUUUGCAGAUUCAUGCAAGUGUGUGGAUAUGAGCUGGUGCGUCUGGAGUUGGCCUGCUGCCACUUCCUGAAUGAAACUUGCCUCGAGGUUAUUGCUCAGAUGUGCCCAAACCUCCAGGAGCUGAACCUUUCAUCCUGUGAUAAACUAAACACUCAGGCUUUCUGCCAUAUUGCUAAGAUCUCAGGUCUCCGACGUCUGGUCGUUUACCGCACAAAAAUUGAGCAAACAGCACUGCUCAGCAUUCUGAACUUCUGCUUGGAACUUCAGCACCUCAGCCUUGGCAGCUGUGUCAUGGUUGAUGACUAUGACGUUGUGGCUAGCGUGAUUGGUGCCAAGUGUAAAAAGCUACGAUCCCUAGAUCUGUGGAGAUGUAAAAAUAUCACAGAAAAUGGUAUUGCUGCUAUUGUAUCAGGCUGCCAACUCCUGGAAGAACUGGACCUCGGAUGGUGCCCAACGUUACAAAGUAGCACAGGAUGCUUCAUAAAGCUUGCUCGCAAACUACCCAACUUGCGCAAGAUCUUUUUGACAGCCAAUAGAUCUGUUUGUGACACAGAUAUUGAGGAGCUGGCUGAAAAUUGCCCUCGUCUGUUCCAUGUGGAUAUAUUAGGUACACGAAUGGUGAGCCCUGGGGCCUUACGAAAGCUGCUUCAAUUCUGUAAGGAGCUCUGUCUUCUAGAUGUUUCUUUCUGUUCCCAGAUUGAUAGUCGGGUGGUUCAAGAGCUCUGUGCCAACUUCCCAAAUGUGUCAAUUAAGAAGAGUUACACCCAAUGACCACCCUUACUGUUUCUCAUUGCCCAAAAUGAUUAAUCAGCUCUCUAGUCCUGUUUUGGUCUCUUGGGUUUAACCAAAUGAAUCCGAAGCUCAAUUCUUACACCUUUUGGCACCAUUCCCACAUUACAGACCUUUGCCUGGGAAGGUGCCAAAAGGUGUAAUUAUUGUAAUCAUUCAGAGUUGAUCUGGGCUCUUGCAAAUAAAUUAAUGAUAAUGAGCUAAAGUAGAGGUUUACAAGGAGCCAAACAUGUGUCUUUCUAAUAAGUCAGUAAGUACAUGACAGUAAUGCAAAGUAAACAGAUUAUCCUUAACUGUGUUCCCAUGAUAAAUUGCCUUUGUAAAGUGAGCAAAAUCACAAAAUAACUAAGGAGCCUUUUUUUUUCUCCCAAACAUAUAUUUUUAAAUGUGCAAGGUUAUAUAAUUCUGUUUACAGAAGUUCAUUUUAGUGGAAUGGUGUAGAGCAGAAUUGAUAUAAAGUUUGUUUAGACAGAAGAAGGUGCAUUGCUUGGAAGCAUGAAUUGAGACUCUGUUUUGCAUUUUGGUAUUCACAUUGUUGACAGAGCAGCGUAUAUCAAAGAGUCGUGUUCCUGCUACAAAACCUUCAGUGCAUAUUAUUGUAUUGAUGGUGAGAUAUUUGAUGUAUCACCAGCUGUCCCUCAACUCGAGGAUGAUGUCUACUCAGGGUCAUGAGUUUCUCCUAUGGGUCUGCACGUGACCAAACUGGCUGGGUUUCAAUGGAUUUUUGGGCUUAGGAGACAGGACAUCCAAGGAAGCAGUAAGAUCCAGAGUGCAGGAUUGACUUCAAUUUGCUCCUUUCUCUGCAGGUUUCUGCCUUGUCAAUAAAGCCUUGGAACUUGAAACCUGAUGUGGCUUGAUGGAUAGGUUGCCUCCUUUCUUAGUGAUUAGUAGCCUUCCCUGUCUUGUAGGUUCAUGCUGCCACACUUCACUUAGAGUGUCUUCGAAUAUUUUUCUUUACCCUUCCUUGGAAUGUGUAUUUGAGCGUUGAAUUGAUGUGGUUAGACUUUUAACCUAUUUUUGAAGGAAGAACUGGAAUUUUGACAUUUCUCUUGAUGCUGGUGCAGUAAUCCAUGUGUCCCCGUACAAAAAAAAACAUGUUAUGAGAUCGAAUGUUGUUAGAAAAUAAAUUUAUGCAUGACAUUUUUUCAUUGCUAGUGCAUCAAAAUGAUUAGGUUUAAUGUACUUUAUAAUAAUGCAGGAAUGCACUAUAAGGAGUUUGAGUUAAAGAUAUGAUCUUAAAGCAAGCUGAAAUGUACUUUUAGAAAACAAUUAGCUUUUUAAAAAGUUUCUACUUUGAUUUCCCACAUUUCAUUUUGGUUAUUAGUAAAAUAUGAUGUGCAGUAGAUAAAAGUUCCUAGAACCUCAUUGCUAUAUAAAACUGUAGCUUUUUUAGUACUUGUUAAAGUAAGGCUAAAAUGAGCUUUACAAGAAAGGUUAAAUCAGGAGCCAUAUACUAUGGAAUGUUGGGAAUCUGAAAUAAAAAAAGCAGAAAAGUGCUGAAAUUACUUAGGAAAGUCGAGCAUCAUUUUGUGGAGAGAGAAACAGAGUUAGGUUUUAGAUCAGUGAUGAAAGGUCAUUAAAAGAACUUUCUAUUUCCACAGAUACUGCUGGCUGCAUUUUUGAAGCAUGUGCUGUUUUUAUUAAAGCUUAAAUCAGGGAUUUAUUUAUCAUAUUUGCAUAAAUGUAUAUUUGGUUUUAAGAAAAAACAGGAUUUCAUUAAAUGUGUGCUUAUUGCACAAUAAAUUAGGUAAACUUUAAAUAUUUUCUAAUAUAUGUUUCGGUCAACUUUGUUCUCCUGUGUAAAUUUUCAUAGAAUCCUCAAAUUCAGGGAUCUCUCUGAUUGAAGAGAAAACAAAAAUCCAAUUUUAGAUCAGUUCCUGAUAUCCUUUCUGUUUACAACUCCUGUUUUUUUUCAGGUAAGCUUCUUUUUGUCUGACGUCAGUUGUCACUGUGAAUGGUAAUAUUGUUCCCUGAGUACUUAGUGUCUGAAAGUGCGCACACAAAGAAAUUUAAGACUGUGAUCAAGCAACAGCAGGUUUAUGAAGAAAUAAACUGAAAUUGAUUUCUGAGAAAUUCAAAAUAAAAGUUUAUUGGUAUUUAGAUGACUCACCAAAGUCACGUUAUAAUGGCUUUAAAAGUAGUGAUAAAAGUAAAUGUUGGGAUUUAUAUGGUAUUUUUAAAUUGCUUGACCUUAAACUCUCAGAGCAGGAUUAAAUACGUUAAAAAAGAUAUAUAUUGAACUGUGAAAAACUUUCCUUUCCUAUUAAUUAGUAAAUAUUUGUACAUAAUGCUAAUGAGAUAUUGCCACCAAAAUGAGUAUAACUUACGUUAAAAAUAAUAGGAAUGAAGAAAGGCAGAAGAUCCAUGCUUUGUUGCCAAAAUGUUAAGUUUGUUGCGCAUCUGUUUGUGCUAACCAUUUAAUAAGAAUGAAGGAUAUGGAUAUUUAAACAAGAGUCUUUUGCAUGCAUUUUCUGUAAUGUAUGUUUCAAAAUACUUUGUAAAAUUAUUUGAAUGUUACACAACUUAUUUUGGAAAUCUGUUUUGUUUGGAUAAAGUAUUAGACUAAAUCUGUUCUCCAAACCAAGGAGUACAUAUUUUUGACAGAUAGGACUUUGCCAGACCUUCGUUUUGCAUAACAAAAGUAAAAAUAUGUUUCUAUGUUGAAUUUGAAAUAAAUAAUUAACAUUAAUUUAAAUGCUUUAUCAAAGUAAUAAGUCCCUCCAACCCUUACUUGUAAAGUUUACAGUAUGGAGCAGGCAGUGCAAAGAAUCUAUAAUAACCAGGAUACUGAGUUUAAUCCUACAAAUGUUCUAGCAGUUUACAACAUUGAAAUGAACAAGUUUUUUAAUGUGUGGGUAGAAAGAGGUGUUAUGUGCAACCUUGGAAAUCGCUGCCACAUUAAAGAAAGAUAUUGGAGUAAGCUCAUUUUAAAGUUCACAGGUAAAAGUCUGUAAGAAAAGUCAUUUUUAAUUCUAGCAUGAAAUUAUGUCUUGUAAAAAAAGUUACAUUCAUAGUUAGAAAAUCAUAAUGCUGACCUUAAAGGUUGUCAUUUAUAUUGUUUCCUUUGUCAAAUGACACAGUAAACUACUCCAGAGUUGUCUCUUUGACUUGACAUUUUUUUCAUUUGUUCAGCUUUAUAUAUGAACCAGGAAAGUAAUUCACUACAUGUGUAGUGUUUGUAUUUUAUGGUACCUGUUUAUGUAUAGCAUUGGCCAAUGAACUCUAGAUCUGAAGACUGUAAAUUGAUAAAUUUGCUUUUCCUAAUUAACUGAAAGGAAGUAAAUCUGUUGGGAAUGUGGGUGAUUGAAGGGAUGUGGUCAGAGAUGUCACCUAGACUGUUUGACAUAGGCUUUUCAUGUUCAGAUUGCAAGGAAGAAGAAGCUGCAAAAGGAUUAAAAAUUAACAGGAGACUUAAAAUGUAUUGCAGAAUUAGACACUUUAGGGUUUUAUUUGUCAGAAUUCCAAAACACUUCUCGUAGUUUGUGCACUUCCUUGUUAACACAUCAGCGCAACGUUGUAACAAAUAAUGGAAUUAAGACAUUUUCUUCAUGGUGUUGUAAUCUAAGCCUUCACAAGGUGAGUGACACCCUGUAGGAAAAUCAGUGUAACACAUGUUAACAGGGCCGUAGGGUGCAUUUCAACAGAAAACAUGCCGUCUGUCCAUCAAAACGUCCUGACCAUCUGCUUUUGGUUGGACAUGCCACAAAGUUACAUGGUUGUUGGAAAUCGUACAAAAGUUUUCUUAUCCUCCCAGCUGGAGAAACAAUUCGUAAAAGUGGAGAAAAAACAAAAAAGAUAGGUUGUCACAAAAGCUGCAUUUUCACCAUUUCUAAAAUUAAAGUGCAAUGUUCUGUUGAAUUUUAGUUUAUGUUAGAUUACACUAAAUGAGUGAAUACAUUUUGCAGCAACGGAUAAUUGAUUUUUUGACAGAAUAACUCUUGCAGCAUGUUAAUAAAUAUGGUCACUUUUUGAUGAAUUUUAUUUUUGACGGCCUGGUACAAUGUAGAAUCAUCCCUAUAAUUUUUUGACAUAAAAGAUUGCUUGUGUUUGAUGCUUUAAAAAGUAAUUAU